CGCUCCUCUUUUUACCGCCUGCUAGGAUUGAAGUUUGCCUGUCUGGCUGUGUGGCGUUGGUGGUAGGUAGAUUUUGCAGCACCCCAUUGCACCGGCUUUGAAUUUCGCUGAAGCGCGCGGUUUUUAGUACUGGUGGUUUUUCCUUUGCGAUCGUUUGACCGUAAAACAUGGAUCCCGCGGGGAAUCGAGGACGUGGUCGUGGAGUCAGAGGAGCCGCUGGAGCCGGUGUUCGACCGGACUGGAAGCCGCCAUCUUCGACUGGGAAUGGUGGAGGUGAUGCAGCAGGCGGCGCCAGUGCUCCUGCCGUUGUAGCACCACGAAACGGCACAACAGGCGGUGCCGGAGGUGGUGGUGGCGAUGGCCGAGCACAUCAACAGGUUGGUCGUGGAGCGGUACGCGCUGCCCGAUACCUGCCGGAAGUUGUUGUAACGCGUGCAGCAAAUGCACCUUCCAAGCAAGGCGCACGCGGAAAACAAAUCGUCCUGAAGGCGAAUUACUUCCGACUGACCAGAGCGGAAAACAUGUGCGUCUUCCAGUAUCGGAUCGAUUUCGAACCGGUUAUCGAGAAUGUCGGCCUUAUUUGUGCGCUCAUUAAAACCCAGGCGCCCGUUCUGGGGCCCUACAUCUUCGAAGGAACAAUGCUGUUCCUUUACAACAAGCUCCGCUCGGAGGAGUUGGAGCUGCAAGUACGAGAUUCGCGCACGGAGAAUCUAUAUAAAAUGAGGAUCCGGCAUGUCGGGACGGUCGAUAUGCAGUCGACGAUGGGACUGAUGAUCCUGAAUUUAAUGCAGCGCCAGGCGAUGAACAGUCUGGAGCUGCUGGUUAUGAAUCGCCAUCACUUCGAUCCAAAAGCGAAAAUCGCAAUCCCACAGUACAAUUUGGAGCUUUAUCCGGGCUACAUCACGUCGAUUCGCCAGCACGAAAAGGACGUUCUACUGUGCGUUGAGAUAACGCAUCGUGUGCUGCGAACCGAUACGGUCUAUAAAAUGUUGAACGAUCAACGUAAUCAGCCUGGUUCGUACCAGGAAAAUUUCAAGCGCACUAUCAUCGGCUCAAUCGUCAUGUGCACCUACAAUUCCAAGUCCUACAAGAUUACGGAUGUAGACUUUAAUACCACUCCAUCGUCGAGCUUCUCGAAGAGGGAUGGCGGAAGUAUUACUUUCGCGCAGUAUUUCAAGGAUACAUACAACGUUACGAUUCGCGAUCCGAAUCAACCGAUGUUGGUGUCCACACCGACCAUGCGCAUGCAGCGAUCCGGAAUCACGACGCCUAUUCUGCUCGUGCCCGAGCUGUGCCGCAUGACCGGAAUUACAGAUGCCAUGCGGAAGGACUUCAACCUGAUGCGCAGCAUUGCCGAUCAUACGCGCAUUGGUGCGGACCAACGGUUGGAGCGAUUGGAUCGGUUCAACAGACGGCUUCAGGAGACAGCAGCAAGUCGCGAAGUGUUCAAAUUCUGGAAAACAGAGCUAGAUCGUCGCGUUGUGGAAUUGCCCGCCCGUAUUCUUGACAGCGAGAUCGUUGUCAUGUCGAAAGAAGUUCCUGUAGGAUUUGAGGCAGACUGGAAUAACGCUUUCCGUAACAACCAGAUGUUUAAAUCCAUCGCGUUGAAGAGGUGGUUCCUAGUUUGCGAGGCGAGCAAGCAAAGCAUGGUCCAAGAGUUCAUAGCGACGAUGAUGAAGGUUGCUCCGCCGAUGGGAUUCCAGCUAGGCAAACCGGAGAUUGCUACCACACCCAAUGAUUCACCUCAGGCAUACGCCCAGGUUCUGCAGCAGCUGGUCAAUCGCGAUCCGCAGCUUAUAAUGUGUGUGGUUAGCAAUGAUCGCGCCGAUCGGUACAGUGCGAUCAAAAAGAAGUGUUGCGUGGAUCGAGCCAUUCCAACGCAGGUCAUCAAGGCACGCACAAUCGGUAAUCCGCGUUCUCUAAUGACGGUCGCUACAAAGGUUAUCAUCCAGCUGAAUUGCAAGCUCGGAGGAGUACCUUGGGUAACCAGAAAUCCGAUGAAGGACAUCGUCAUCCUCGGCUACGAUGUCUGUCAUGAUGCUCGGGACAAAUCGAAAUCCUACGGAGCCAUUACGGCCACCAUGUUCGGCGCUGAUCCGCAAGAUCCUCGGCAGUUUUCUUGCGUCGAGCACCACGGAAAGGGCGAGGAAUUGUCUAAUUUUAUGUCCGCUACCGUGACGAAGGUUCUUCGCGCGUACCAGCAAGAGUUUGGUCCAGACCGAAUGCCACGCCGCUUCCUCGUGUAUCGCGAUGGCGUUGGUGAUGGCCAGCUAAAGCAGGUAGUCGAUCAUGAGGUAAAGGCUAUCAAGGCGCGUUUGACUGCCGCUUACGAAAACUAUCAGCCGCAUAAGCCGCAGCUGUGCGUGAUCGUUGUCAGCAAGCGUAUCAACUCACGGUUGUUCUUCAACGGACGCAAUCCACCUACGGGUACGGUGGUGGAUGAUGUCAUUACACUUCCGGAAAGAACGGACUUUUUCCUGGUCUCGCAGUCGACUCGCCAGGGCACGAUUUCCCCGACGUCGUACAAUAUCAUUUUCAACGAGAUGGGACUAACGACGGAUCAAAUACAGACGUAUACGUACAGACAAACGCUGAUGUACUAUAACUGGUGCGGUGGCGUUGGAGUGCCUGCUGUCUGCCAGUAUGCUCACAAGCUAGCAUUCCUUGUAUCCCAGUACAUUCACCAGCAACCGAACGAGCAGCUGGGAAAAUUACUCUACUAUCUGUAAGCGAGAUAGGGAGCGUUAUGCACAACCAAAUCGUGCCAUUCUACUUUUUUUUACAUGUUAGAACUCAUUUAAACUUACACUGCACUAUAAGUGCUGCAAACAGUUCAAUCAGCGGUAGGAAGAUACCAUUGCCAUUGAGAGAAGAGAGAGGUGCCUUUAAAUUUUCGUUAUUCAGCACACUAUCUUCUCAUUCCACUAUGAACUAAGGCUCGCGAACACAGGAUUACAAACAAUCGAAUUUUCAAAGCAAAUCUCAUAGUAACGCUCACACGUUUAGUGUUGUGCAAGAGUAAUUUUAGUGUUAAGGUUUUUCUUUUUAUUUUCCUAAUUUUGGAAAAAUCAAGACUAUAUUUACUUUUAUUAUUAAUACAACAUUGUUUGCGAAGAAAUAUGUGGAAAUAAAGAUUAUCUUUUUAUAUCUA